AUGAGCCCUACUCACGACUACGACCUGGUUAAAGAGACGGAUGACCUUCUCAGAGAGAGUGAUGAAGUAAGAGAUGAACCUCUUCGUCACGCCAAAUCCGCCAUCCCGGCAUGGUGGAAGAUUCUUCUCUUUAUCGCACUCGCCUUCAGCGCCGGUCUGGGUGCCGCGGUUGGAGUAGUUCUCGCCUCAUCACUAUUUAAAACUGGCGACAACGCCUCCACGACCACCAGUGUCGCUGUCUCCGGCGCUGCAUCCGCCAACGCCGCUCUUUUGACCGCGUCCUCGACAGCGUCCGCCAACGUGGCCGUAUCCACAUCCGUUGACCAUCUCACCAACGCGGAUAAUGAUCCACCGGAGCUGAUUGGCAAGGUACUCGACUGCGGAUGGUCCAUCGAAGAAGCCAAGGCCAAGGGAUGCGUCUACGAUGUCAUGAUGCAAGAUUGGGUCCCCGAACCGUGCUACGACAGCGUGCUGACGGAGAAAUACCUUUCCAAGGGCAACUACACCUGGUAUUCGGACAUGGAGGGCCACACCAUGACGGAUGAGGAGAUGCGCAAGGGCGAGCAUGGUCGAGCGUGGAUGUCGGCCAACUACCACAAAGACCACUGCAUCUUCUCGUGGGAGAAACUCGUCCGCGCCUUGCGAAACAACCGACCCAUCAGCCAGGAACUAGUCUCCUACGAUCACGUUCUUCACUGUCAUCACCAAGGUGUCGGCGAUUCCGGCAUGAUGAAGCGUGACUCCGGCUCCAUCGGCGUUGCCGCACCCACCAACUAUGCCAAGUGUGCAUUGUACGGGACCUGGAAACUCGAUUUCCUCCCCGACAAGCAUUCGUCGGCUGAUAAAUAA